AUGACCGGCGACAUGCCUCUAGGGAGCGCGCACGCGUUCGGGCGCGCGUUGCUCCGGGACGGGGCGCUGCCGCCGCUGGAGCCCGGCCCGCCCGCGCCGCCGGCGGCCAACGCGCAACCUCCCGACAAGCGCCCGCCGGCUGCGGCCGCCAGCCCCGAGCAGGUCAUGAAGCUCUAUAUGAACAAGCUCACCCCUUACGAGCACCGCGAGAUAUUAAACUACCCCCAAGUGUACUUCAUAGGCGCGAACGCCAAAAAACGUCCAGGACUAGUUGGCUUUCCGAACAAUUGCGAGUAUGACAACGAACAGGGUUCCUACAUUCACAUACCGCACGAUCACAUAGCGUACCGAUACGAAGUGCUCAAGGUUAUAGGGAAGGGAAGUUUUGGUCAGGUUGUGAAAGCCUACGACCACAAGAAACGCGAAAAUGUUGCUCUGAAGAUGGUACGUAAUGAGAAACGAUUCCAUCGUCAGGCGCAGGAGGAGAUUCGCAUCCUGGAACACCUUCGCGAGCAAGACAAAGACAACACGAUGAACGUGAUCCAUAUGUUCGAUUCCUUCACGUUCAGAAAUCACACAUGCAUCACCUUCGAGUUGCUCUCCAUCAAUCUCUACGAGUUGAUAAAGAAAAACAAGUUCCAAGGGUUCUCUUUGCAGUUGGUACGGAAGUUCUCGCACAGCCUCCUUCAGUGCUUACACGCACUCAACAAGAACAGAAUCAUUCACUGCGACAUGAAGCCUGAAAACGUAUUGCUGAAGCAACAGGGACGCUCUGGAAUUAAGGUAAAUAUCAUCAACGCUUCCGCAAUCAUCCACAACAUUAUUAAUUUAAUUAUAUGGGUUGGUAAAUAAUUAACUAUGUAAUAAUGAUAUCACGAACAAAUUAUAUUAUUGUAUUAUGUAGUCAAGUUGAAUAAUCUCGUUUAAAUUUAUAAUAUAUUAUUAUUUAUAAA